AAUUCAUUCUGUUAAUGUUUUGACUCCGUGUGAUUGUAGACUCAGUUACAUACAUACAUAUCUUUGUAUCAGUAAAUUCUGUCUUUUCUUUAGAACCAAAUUCUUGCGAUUCGUAACUCCAAAGGCUUUCAGCAUGUGUCCCAAUCAGUUCAUGGGUAAAUCAGUCUUUCCGGAUUGCCAUAUACACAAUCUCGCAUUCAUGUACUCGUUGCUCCAAUCGCUCCAGGCGGAGGAGACUAGCAGCGAAGAGGUGGAUGUGCAAUUACGUGAUCGCUACGAAGUCUUCCGUCAAUUGAUGUCAAACUAUCCCAUGCCAUUGAUUCCACAACCUGAAGAUUUUUUCCAGCCCAAUCUCGAGCUAGAUCUAGGACUCGCUGGUCUAGCGCGUGACCAGGACACGGAAAAUCAGGACAGCAGUGUGUCCAGUAUGCACACAAAUAUGGGUAACGACACUCUCAGCCUUAGUUCGGACUCAUUCAACCUUAGCCAGGAACCCCCGUUCCCCCUUCCGCCCGGUGCUGACUUUGAGGAGAGAUUACGCCAGUUCGUAGAAGAAGUGCGUCAGGAUCGUAGCUUUCAGGACAUCCAUUGAAACUGCAACUGAUUGUUGUUAAAUACUCAAUUUACACGUAACCUGUUAAAAAAAAGAAAAAAAAAACAAAAAAUAAGAGUGAAACCUAAUGAAAAGUGAAUUUUCAUUUGUAUCGUCAAACUGCCUUAAAUGUUGUUAAACGAAAGUAACAGUAACAUUUGACCAUUAAAUAUAAAUGUAUACAAAAACUCGCUCCAUAAAACUAUUAAAUGGUUGAACUCAUACACAUACAUACAUGCAUAUGAAUUCAUAUAUAAUGUA